AUGCCUGCUCACUCCGAUCAUUCCGGUCAAGAGGACAGCCACGGUGUCGUGGUGCGGGUGCCUGACAGUGCUUCCAGGGUAGCGGAGAAUGAGAAGAAUGGUGCUUCGCCGACGAGUCCUGAAGGCCACCGGUCGAGUGAGCCGGUAGAAUUUAAAGAAGGCGGCUACGGAUGGGUCGUCGUCGGUUGCGUCUUUCUCAUCAACGCUCACACCUGGGGCUUGAACUCGUCUUAUGCCGUUUUCCUCGCCUACUAUCUCAACUCCGGAGCCUUUCCAGACGCAAGCCCCAUCGUUCUGGCUUUCGUCGGCGGCUUGUCCUUCUCCGUCGGUGAGUCUCACUCCUCCCCCCGAGUUUCCCAGGUGUUCCCUUGUCAUCUCUCUCACACCCCCGGGCCAGCUCUGCUCAUCGCCCCGAUCGUAACCUUUUGCAUCCCCCGUAUCGGAACUCAACCGACUCUCGGCAUCGGCGUUGUCGUCCAAGCCGCGGCCCUCAUCGGCGCCUCUUUCACAACCCAGAUAUGGCAUCUCCUUCUAUCCCAGGGCAUCGGCUUCGGCGUCGGAAUGGGCUUCACCUUCAACUCCACCGUCGGCGUCGUCCCCCAGUGGUUUGUCACCCGCCGAUCCUUCGCCAAUUCCAUCGCCACUGCCGGCUCCGGCCUCGGCGGCCUCGUCUACUCCCUGGGCACCAACGCUAUGAUCCGUAACAUCGGCCUGCCGUGGGCGUUCCGUAUCCUCGCGAUCCUGUCGUUCGUUGUGAACGGCGCGUGCUGUCUGAUGAUGAAAGACCGUAACAAGGCGCUCGGCAGCGUGCAUGUCGCGUUCCACAAGGACAUCUUCAAGAGGAUCGAGUUUUGGCUGUUCGUGUCCUGGGGCUUCUUUGGGCUGUUCGGGUACGUGAUAUCCGUCUUUUCGCUGGCGGAUUACGCGCACACGGUCGGCUUCAAUGCCAGCCAGGGGUCCAUCCUGUCGGCGAUGUUCAACUUGUCCCAAGGCAUCGGGCGUCCCGUUAUCGGCCUUGUCAGUGACCGCUUCGGUCGCAUCAACGUUGCUGGGCUGGGCACCCUCAUCGCCGGCCUCGCGACGUUCUUCAUUUGGAUCUUCGCCGGCAAGCACUUCGCGGGCACCAUUGUCUUUGCUCUUUUCGGCGCCUUUGCCGGCGUGCUCUGGCCGACCGUUGGACCCGUCGGUGCCGAAGUCGUCGGGAUCCAGCUCCUCCCAUCGGCGCUGUCCAUCUUCUGGAUGAUCCUUGUCAUCCCGGCAACCUUUGCCGAGCCCAUCGCUUUGACGAUCAAGACCUCGGGGGUUGACGCGUACCUGAACGUCCAGCUUUUCACUGGUGUCAUGUACAUCGCGGCCUUCAUAUCAAUUUGGUUCCUCCGAGUUUGGAAAAUCAGAGAACUAGAGACGAUCGCUCUCUCGGAAGAAGAUGUCUUGCGCAAUGAUGACGCCGUCUCUUUGACGACCUCGAGGCGAACGGAGCUCAAGCCAGGCAUCUUUAGGUCCAUGUUCCAGGGCAUGCUGACAUUGAAGCGUGUUUGA